AUGAUCCUGCCGAUUGAAAUUUUGGAGCAGGUAGUGACAAGCGGCCUGGAUAGUUUUGAGACAUCGAUGUCUUGGAGCGAGAUAUCGCCUCGUUUCCAAGAUGUAGUGCGUCAAAAGUUGGGUAUUGUCGUCAUCACCGAUUUAUCGUACAGAAGACAUGAACCGUCUCCCGGGCCAUUGUGUUUCAAGAGACUCAGUGGUGACCAAAACACUUUUAUCACUUCAUCGGAUCAGUAUCGACUGGAAGAAUUGAGGGACUUCGUUGAAUCUUUUGACUAUCUCUUGAUUGUUGUAGCUACUGAUAGAGCGUUCAGCGAUCCUUUAAUGGAGGCGCUAACGCGGCUGGCAGAAAUCGUGGCAUCGAAUUCUAGAACUCGACCGAAGGAUAUAUGCCUCAUUUACAAGACGGGCACGAAUUAUCUAAGCAAGAUGUAUUUUCGUGAGUUUUGGCUUCAUCGGAAGAAAAUGGGAUUGAAUGAACUGCAUAUCCUGGGAGUGGGUCAAACUGGUAGUCUCGAUUUGUGCGAUCUCGACAUGAUUUUCAAAAUAACAUAUCUUCACAACGUUCACAGUCUCUACAGUCUGAACAUCCCAAAUGCGCGACAUAAACUCAUUGCCCCAGAUCUUAAUAGCAUCAGACAGCUUGAAGCCGUUGCCAAUGUCCGACUCGAAGAAACUUUUGCGUCUUGUCCCAACAUGGCCGUAAUCGAGCAAUUUAGGUUGCCCAGUGGUAUUGAUCGGUCCAUUUACGAGCUGCCCGCUUGUGAAUCCUUUGCAUUCAUGAAUUUCAAUCCCGAUCUCAAAUAUACGAACAUCGAUGGCCAUCGGGUGAGAGAAGAGCUCACAAUAAAAACCGCUCUCAAAAUGCAAAACCUGGAGUUAAAAAAUCUUGAAUUUUCCCAAAUAUAUCGUCUGAACAUGCAUUCAUCAACUAUGACUUUGGAUGAAAUCGUUUUCAAAGACUGCUUUUUUCCAAACGUGGAGGUACUGGAUUUAUCCUCAAAUCAGGCGCACAUUUCUUGGGCUUCGCUGCAGAGUUCUUGCUCCAACAUCGCACUUUUGCGCACCUCGGUGAGAGAUCUUCACGACCUUCGGUGGCUUGCAGAAUGUCCUUUCCAUUUUCGACAAAUUGAUUUCACGUCAGGUAAAACCAAACCGACCAUACAUGGCUUUUCGAAAGAAGACAUUCUGGAAGUGGCGCAAAGUUCAAACUGCUCAAGGCUUAUCAAAGAUGCAGAGUGUAUUGAAGUAGAGGUUAGAGAAUUUUGGGACUUCAUCAUGUUGCAACUUCUCAUUUUGCCCAAUCUCGCUAGUAAUUCUCGUUUGCAAGUCACUAUUAAUCAAUCCGCUUCAACAAAGUCUAUUUAUGAUAGCGCAACUGACAGCAACAUUCCCUUGGAAACCCUACUUCAAUCAUGGGGUUUUAAUUAUGCUGGGAGCCAUAUUCGGCUAAACGUUCCUAAGAUAAAAGAAUUCGCCUUUUUCUGUGACUCACCUGAUAGCGAUCCUUCUAAUCUGAUUGAGGAAUCGAAAUUACCAAAAUCUGGACUUAUUUAUGCUGAUGCAGCGGCUUCAGAUACUUCUUUCAUCAAUAAUGCGAUAUCACCUUCAGCGUUUAGAAGAAAUAGUCUGGCAGGAGCAGACAGCAGCACUGCAAGAAGGAAUAGUGUUUUGAGUAUAGGAUCACAGCAAUUCUUUUCGAGCUUUAAACGCAGAUCUAGCAGCCACUCGAGUGACUCAGCUGGCGGAUUUUGGGGUGGAAAUUCUCGCACAAGUUGUAAAAGCAUGAUUCAAAUCAUUCCGAGCCCCGUGGAUCCCGUUCAUACUUUCGAAACCAAUUUGCAUUCUUUCCCAAUUUUUGAAUCUGCCUGCUCACUUUCAACCGCGGGCUCAGGUAACUUGGUCCUAGUGGGCGAUCGAUUAGAAGUCGAUGGAAAAAGAGUGAGUGAAUCCUGUGAAGAAAUAUGUGAAGACGCAAACAGCAUUUAUCAUCAUCCUUUCAUAAGCAAGAUCAAAUCGGCAGGACUUGUCAAAAUACAAAUUAAGUUUCCAGUGAAGUACAAACAAAGUUAUUCAUUUUUUGCAUUGAGCGCCAUGAGGGCCGCACUAAUGGAGAGCUUCUCUCCGACUGGGAAGGUUGAAAUAUCCGAAGAAAGUAAAAUGAUUCGUGCUAUCUUACUCACAGUUCAUCUUUGA